UUGGUUGGCCCAACAAACAAUCACAGACAUUAAACUGUUACUGUUAGUUACCUAAAGAGUAAGAUACCCUUGUGUUUCUGCCCACUUUUCUUACUCUCUAAAGAUAGCAGCUAACUUUGAGGGUCAAGAGAGAGAAAGAAUGAUUAGAGCUGAUAAAACAUGUGAUGAGUCUUUCAGCUUUACAACACACUUCCAUCUUCUAAAGUGAUAAUAGAUCAACCCACUUUCUAUUUCCUUUUUUCCUUUAUACUCAAUACAUUGUUUAGAAGAAAAAAAAAAGACAUCUCACCACCUGCUUUUACAGCUAAAGCUUAGAUAUGAAGAUGGGGAGGAGUCAUGAAACGAUGAUGACCAGAAUCCCCACUUCAGAUCCUCAAGAUACCACCACUUCAGAUAUAAUGGACUCAGUCUGGAAGCUUUAUGACAACCCUUACUACUGUUGUUCACAGCAGUCUCAACAGCAUCAACAACAACAACGCAAGUCUUUUAUUUGGGAUCUGAAUUUCAUAAGGGUCUUCAUGGAGUCUGAACUAGAGAAAGCUCGAGCCGAGAUCAAGGGGCUGAAGGCAGAGCUGGACUACGAGAGAAAAGCUAGAAGACGGGCGGAGAUGAUGAACAUGAGGCUGGCCAAAGAUGUGGAGGAGGAGAGGAAGGGUAGAGAAGCUGAGGAGAUGCAAUACAAGCGGCUCUUAAAGGAGAGAUCGUCUGAGAAAGCAGAGAUGGUUAGGAUGAGACAAGAGGUUGAGGAAGAGAGACAGAUGCAUAGGUUGGCAGAUGUUUUGAGGGAAGAGAGAGUUCAGAUGAAGCUGUCGGAUGCUAGGCUUUUCUUGGAGGAGAAGCUAUCUGAGUUAGAGGAGUCCAAUAAAGAAAAGGACAAGGAGAGGAACAUGAUCAUGAAAACAAAGAUACUGGAUAGAGCGAGUAGUACACCUGCGAGUAGGUGUGAGAAUCCACACAUAAAGAGAGGGAUCAAAGGGUUUGUGGAGUUCCCUAGAGUUAUGAGAGCAAUAAGAUCAAAAAGUGAGAAAUGGGGUUCGAAGAUCGAGGGCCAAAAGGUUCAGCUCAAGACUCUUCUCAGACAAAAGACCACUCCAAGAUGUGCUUCUGUUCACUCAUCUGUUUGAUACUGUAAAAGCUUAGAUUCCCUCUCAUUUGUACCUGAAUAAUCUAUAUCUAAGCUGGAAACUGUACUUUAAGAACACUCUUUGUUUGUACUAAUAUUCAGUGGAUUUUGCACCAUGAAGCUAAUUAGACUUUGUUUUUUUUUUCUUUCAUUUUCUCCAUUUUUCAUUUUACUUCAAAUAUUGAUACUUACCAUUUGAAAUGUAAAGCAUAUGUUUAUAGUCUAAUUAGCUUCAUGUUCGGAAUCAAACUAGCAAAUACUGAAUAAAUUUGAACUUGCUUCGGUGGUUACGGUA